AUGGAUGUGGAAGACAUUCCAGGUGGGAAACAGCAUGAACAGAGGCAAAGAGAGGAGAAUCCUGGCAACUCUGGGAGACAUGGAAAUGAACAUUUUAUUUGGGUUGGAGGUUCUUGGAAAGUAGUUCGCAUCAGAUUAGUAAGUAAGUCUCUCCUUUUCAUCACAGUUGCUCACGGGAGUGGACAGGAUGCCAAGUGCUCCCUUGGCUAUUUCCCCUGUGGGAAUAUCACAAAGUGUCUGCCUCAGUUUCUUCACUGCAACGGUGUGGAUGAUUGUGGAAAUCGGGCCGAUGAGGACAACUGUGGAGACGGCAAUGGAUGGCCUAUGCAACUCGACAAAUAUUUUGCAAAUUACUACAAAAUUACUACUUCCCUGAAUCCAUAUGAGACAGAAACAUCUGAAUGCUGUAAGCAUUACUUUUUGUUUCAUUCUUCUCAUUGCCUGCUUCUUUUCCUGGUCCCUCACUGUCAUCAUUUCUUACUACCUUCUCUUUAUUCAGUGGCUGGUUCUGUGCCCGUGAAAUGUCUUUGCCAAGGUCUAGAGCUUGGCUGUGAUGAAGCCAACUUGCGAGCUGUCCCAUCAGUUUCUUCAAAUGUGACUUUAAUGUCACUUCAGUGGAAUUUAUUAAGAAAGCUUCCUCCUGAUGGCUUCAAGAAGUACCUUGAUCUUCAGAAGCUGUAUCUGCAAAACAAUAAAAUUAGGUCUGUAUCCAUGUAUGCUUUCAGAGGGCUGCACAAUCUCACUAAGCUGUAUCUCAGUCAUAACAGAAUAACCUUCUUGAAGCCAGGUGUUUUUGAAGAUCUCCACAGAUUAGAGUGGCUGAUAAUUGAAGAUAAUCACCUCAAUCAAAUUUCCCCACUAACGUUUUAUGGACUAAAUUCUCUUAUUCUCUUAGUGCUGAUGAAUAACGCCCUCACCCAUUUGCCUGACAAACCUCUUUGUCAGCACAUGCCAAGACUACAUUGGCUGGACUUUGAAGGCAACUAUAUCCAUAAUUUAAGAAAUGUGACUUUCAUUUCCUGCAGUAGUUUAACUGUUUUGAUAAUGAGGAAAAAUAAAAUUAAUCACUUAAAUGAAAAUACUUUUGCAUCUCUCCAGAAACUAGAUGAAUUGGAUUUAGGAAAUAAUAAGAUUGAAAAUCUUCCACCACAUGUGUUUAAGGACCUGAAGGACCUCUCACAAUUGAAUCUUUCCUAUAACCCAAUCCAGAAUAUCCAAGGAGACCAAUUUGAUUAUCUUGUCAAGCUCAAGUCUCUCAGCUUGGAAGGAAUUGAAAUUUCAAAUAUCCAACGAAGGAUGUUUAGACCUCUUAGGAAUCUCUCCCACAUAUAUUUUAAGAAAUUCCAGUACUGUGGCUAUGCACCUCACGUCCGCAGCUGUAAACCAAACACUGACGGGAUCUCAUCUGUAGAGAAUCUCUUGGCAAGCAUUAUUCAGAGAAUAUUUGUCUGGGUUGUAUCUGCAGUUACAUGCUUUGGAAACAUCUUUGUUAUUUGUAUGCGACCUUAUAUCAGCUCUGAAAAUAAGCUCCAUGCCAUGUCAAUCAUUUCUCUCUGCUGUGCCGACUGCUUAAUGGGAAUCUAUUUAUUUGUGAUUGGAGCCUUCGACCUAAAGUUCCGUGGAGAAUACAAUAAGCAUGCACAGCUGUGGACCGAGAGCAUUCACUGCCAGCUUGUGGGAUCUUUGGCCAUUUUGUCCACAGAAGUAUCCGUGUUACUGUUAACCUUUCUGACACUGGAAAAAUAUAUUUGCAUUGUAUAUCCUUUUAGAUGUUUAAGACCUGGAAAAUGCAGAACAAUUAUGGUUCUGAUUCUCAUUUGGACUGUUGGGUUUAUAGUGGCGUUCAUUCCAUUGAGCAACAAGGAAUUUUUCAAAAACUACUAUGGCACCAACGGAGUAUGUUUUCCUCUUCAUUCGGAAGAUACAGAAAGUACUGGAGCCCAGAUUUAUUCAGUGGCCAUUUUUCUUGGUAUUAACUUGGCAGCAUUUAUCAUCAUAGUUUUUUCCUACGGAAGCAUGUUUUAUAGCGUUCAUCAAAGUGCCAUUACAGCAACUGAAAUACGGAAUCAAGUUAACAAAGAGAUGAUGCUUGCCAAGCGGUUUUUCUUUAUUGUAUUUACUGAUGCGUUAUGCUGGAUACCCAUUUUUAUACUGAAAUUUAUGUCACUGCUUCAAGUAGAAAUACCAGGUACCAUAAACUCUUGGGUAGUGAUUUUUAUUCUGCCUAUCAACAGUGCUUUGAAUCCAAUUCUCUACACUCUGACCACGAGACCAUUCAAAGAAAUGGUCCAUCAGAUUUGGUUGAACUACAGACAAAGAAGGUCUGUUAGUAGCAAAGGCAGUCAGAAAACAUAUGCUCCAUCGUUUAUUUGGGUGGAAAUGUGGCCCCUACAAGAGAUGCCAUCUGAGUUAAUGAAACCGCCUCUUUGCACAGACCCCUGUGAAAUGUCACUGAUUUCUCAGUCAACUAGACUCAGUUCCUAUUCGUAA